GCUUGUCUCCGGUUCGUUGCUAACAACCUGCUGCCUUGCAACUUCGUCUGUCCGCCGCUCACUCAUGCACCGGCGGGUUCCAGCUGUGGUGUCGGCGAGGUGUGCGUGAGGAUGCGGCCGUGUGGACGCUGAGCUCGGCCUGACCCUCGGCUCCGCGCUGGCUGCACGGUGCUCCGCGUCUCUCCGCCUGCUUUCCGACGCCUGGGGUUUUGCAGUCCGGCCUCCAGCCGCGGCUGCGAAUUAAACUUCAUUUCUCAGCGUCGCCCUGCCCUGAAAUCAUGUUUAUUUUAUAAAGAUGGCGGCGAGGGGGACACUGUAAACUAAAUGACUGUCAGAAACAUCGCCUCCAUUUGUAAUAUGGGCACCAAUGCCUCUGCUCUGGAGAAAGACAUCGGCCCGGAGCAGUUUCCAAUCAAUGAACACUACUUUGGAUUGGUCAAUUUUGGAAACACAUGUUACUGUAACUCGGUGCUCCAGGCGCUCUACUUCUGCCGGCCUUUCCGGGAGAACGUGCUGGCCUACAAAGCCCAGCAGAAGAAGAAGGAGAACCUGCUCACGUGCCUGGCAGACCUCUUCCACUCCAUCGCCACGCAGAAGAAGAAAGUUGGCGUCAUCCCGCCCAAGAAGUUCAUCUCCCGCCUACGGAAAGAGAACGAUCUGUUCGACAACUACAUGCAGCAGGACGCGCACGAGUUCCUCAACUACCUGCUGAACACGGUGGCCGACAUCCUGCAGGAGGAGAAGAAGCAGGAGAAGCAGAACGGACGCCUCAAGAACAACGGCACCGCCGUCACCGCGGAGACCGAGACGGAGAACAAGACGGAGCCCACGUGGGUUCACGACAUCUUCCAGGGCACACUGACCAAUGAGACGCGCUGCCUCAAUUGUGAAACGGUGAGCAGCAAAGAUGAGGACUUCCUGGAUCUCUCUGUGGACGUGGAGCAGAACACAUCAAUAACACACUGUCUCAGGGACUUCAGUAACACAGAGACUUUGUGCAGCGAGUAUAAAUACUACUGUGAGACGUGCUGCAGCAAACAGGAAGCUCAGAAACGGAUGCGCGUGAAGAAGCUUCCCAUGAUCCUGGCGCUACACCUGAAGAGGUUUAAGUACAUGGAGCAGCUGCACCGCUACACCAAGCUGUCCUACAGGGUGGUGUUCCCCCUGGAACUGCGCCUGUUCAACACGUCCGGGGACGCGGUCAACCUGGACCGCAUGUACGACCUGGUCGCCGUGGUGGUUCACUGUGGCAGUGGCCCGAACAGAGGACAUUACAUCACCAUAGUGAAGAGUCACGGCUUCUGGCUGCUGUUUGAUGAUGACAUUGUGGAGAAAAUUGACGCCCAGGCCAUCGAGGAGUUUUAUGGGCUUACCUCAGACAUCUCCAAGAACUCUGAGUCGGGAUACAUCCUCUUCUACCAGUCCAGGGAGUGACUGAUCUGAUCACUGACAGAGGAGGAGACUGAAUAGGAAGAAACCUUUUUUAUUUUUCUUUUUUCUUUUUCCUUCAGCCGAACUCCCCCCCCCCCCCUGUCCUCCAUGUCUGACCUCUCUUAACGUAUGUGCCAACCCUCUUCCGGUCCCAGUGUCACCCUCUGGGUUUACCUGUGCUUCAUUUCUGUCCGUGUGUCCUUCGCUUCUUGUCUUUUCGUCACCUGCAUCUGGACUGCACUUUAAAACAAAAGCAAAAAUGCUCAACAGCAUGACAGAAACAAAAAGGAGUCCCAUGUGCUAGUGGGAGGAGCCUGCUGAGGUGGAACAUGAGGCGAAGGGGUCUGAUGCACAUACAGACAAUUGUCAGAAAUUGUACUAUAUCAUUUAUAUGUAUAUAAUGUCUUCUUCACCCUCAUAAUUCCUUCCAUUAGGGCUAUUUCCCCCGUCACUGUCCUUUUGCUGUGUUCAUAUCCCUGGUGGAUGCAUGAGAAGUGAAUGAAGUUGGAGACAAACACUGUACAAUACGCAGAGAGAGAUUUUGAAGCAAUAUCUGAGCAUUAAUUAUAAAACUCAAAAGCUUAAAACUACCUAAAGUGAGUAACUGGCUGACAGUGCAGAGGUCGUUUGGCUGCUGUCAGCUCAUGUUAGUGUAACCAGGUGUGAUCCAAUACUUUAACACCUAAUCCAACUGAGCCACACGCUCUAACACUACAGGUGAGAGGAAACCCUGCCAGGCGGACCUCCGUUCAAAUCAGCUGAAUCUUUAUAAUUUUUUAUUCUGAUAGAAAACCCCUAUUUAUUGAACUGAGCAUAUUUAUUACUGUUAUUUGCAAUACUGACUGGUUGAUAAUGAACGUGUUUGUGGCUCUUUUGAGAGCUUUGUAUGUUAAGACUCCGAUGUCUAAGCUCUCGGUGUGAAGGGCAUGGUGUAUGUAAUACACAACUUCAUAGGACAGCUAAAAAAAAAAAAGGUUUUAUCAGUUUAACUUUGUGUUUUGCAUGUUAAAUGAAAAUAUAAUACAGAUUAACAUGACGCAAGAGAGACACAACCCACAAUCCUAAUGCUUAAUCUUUUGAUUGACACGACACAGUGAAACAGUGCAAUAAGAGGUGACGUUAUUCAAUGUGCAAUUUCCCAGUGAGACUAAUAUACAGGACCUUUUUUAAAGUAGUUAGAAGUAGAUGUGUUUGUUUUCGACUGAUCUUUUCCCAGUGCUGUGUUUGAGUUCUCGUGAUAUCAAAGUAAAAGCCCCCGUUCACCACGUGCAAUGCACGCUACCUGCUGGGCUGUCAGGAACUCUGUUCUUUCAUCCUUCUGUUGUUGUUUUUUUAUUGUUUUUUUGUUUUUUUUAAAAUAUCUUUACACAUUUUCUCUUGUUUUGUCUUCGACUCCGAUGACGUAAAUUGUGUGUGUGUGUCAUACGUAGCACAUUGGAAUCCUAAAUCCCGUAGAGAUCAAAUUCAAGCUGCGUUGUUACUUAAGAGAACUUCCCUUGUACUGUAGAUGUUUUCCCCAGGGUUUGUUGCCAUGCCCUGUAGAAUAGUGCGACAUCAAAGUACUUGUUUUCAUGUGAAUGACAUUCCUGUUUGCUGCACUUCAGAGGAAAUAACCAUUUCAAACGCAUCUAAAUAAGAGGUGGGAGUAGGAUUAAUUUCUUAUCUUAGUGUGUGUGUGUGUCUGUACGGGAGAAGUUGUUUCUACUGUCUCCUCCGUUUAGUCUGUUACCGGGUGAAGUCACGAGGACCACGUGCCAAACUGGAGUUGAUGCUGACCUUGCAACCGUCUUUAACAGAACAUUAUUUUCUUUGUAAAGACAACUGUACAUAUAUAUUAUGUAGAAAAACACUUCUGGUAAUAGGAAAAUAUUUUUUUAAAGUGCAGAUCUUACAAUGUAAAGACGCUCAUGGCAGAGAUUUUAGAUUAACACUGACCAUUAAUGAAACUGUUAAGAAAUACUGUGCUAUUUUACAAUCACUCAAUUACAUAAUCAAUCAGACUCGUGCAGAGGACACCAUCUGUUCUAUUAUUGAUAUUAACUGGGUUGAACUGAGCCAGGGUAGAAAACAGUAGCAGGAAUAGUCUGAGAUGUUUUAGACUCAGGUGAGAGGGAAGAAGGACUCUUCAUGCGCUGAUCUUCCAUGAACACUUAUGCACUCGCCCUCACUGAGAUCCUCAGUCGUUGCACUCGGUCUUCUAUAUCUUACUGUGAUAGUGUUCUACAGAGGAGAGCUCAGGUGCAGGGAGUCCAGCACCAGGUGGGAUCAGACUCGUGGGAGGGAAGGAGGGGAGGAAUCGGAGUCUCCGUCUGGCUGUAAACUGAAAGUGCACUUUAUUAGUGAUGAGCUUCGAUGCUUUAAUAUGAAGAACCACAGUCUAACACACUCAUUUUGAGUUUUUUCUUCUGUUCAAUAAAAUGACUAUCAACUAA